AUGAAUGUUAAUACAAAUGAAAAAAUUUGCACACCACGUGCUGUGUGCUUGAUUCUUAACUUUUCAGAAAAUAUUAAAGAUGUUGAACAAAUUGGGACAGAAAAAUAUUUGGAUAAAUUUUUUAAUUGGAAGCCUGAAAAGAUAUGCCAUGAAACAUCUCAUAUUGACAAGGCUUUAGAGCAGCAACGGAACAUUAUGAUCGAAGAACAUUGGGAAUUUAUAUGUAAAAAGGUGCAAAAUGAAAACUACGACUAUACUAAAUUGUUUAAAGAGCAGAUAAGCAUGGUUCCUGGAGGUUCUACAAAAAUGACACAACUUGUUCCUAGUUAUAAAUUAAUGGUUUCUGUACAACCUUUUGAUUGUAGGAUAAUUUUAUAA